AUUGCUCUUCAAACUCCAUGGAAAUACAGAGGAAAAUCAUGGCGAGAGGAGAUCGAGACCGACUCAGUGAUUUGCCCGAUGCUAUUCUACUAUACAUCCUCUCUAUGUUGACGGAGGGAAAAGAUGUUGUGAGAACGAGCGUAUUAUCUCAGCGAUGGCGGUUUCUUUGGAAGUCCGUUGCAGUUUCACUCAAUUUCGGCGUCCUCGAUUACCCCUAUGAUGAAAGAACCAAAAAGAAAAUUCUUGCUUUCGUAGCUUCAAUUAAUAGAGAGCUUCAUUAUUGGAGGUCUUGCGAGAAAAUCAAAGCAUUUAGGGUUUUUCCCGUUAAAUACAAAGAGUAUCUUGUUAAAGAUGUGGGUUUUUGGGUACAUUUUGCAACUAAGGUUGCUAAUGUUGAAGAGUUUACACUUAAAUUUUGCAUUGUCAAUUCUCCAGAUUACGUGUAUAAGUUUCCUCAGUUUGCGUAUAAGAAUACGUCGUUAAGGAAUUUGGUUUUGGGAAACUGCGGGUUAAACCCUUCUGGUAGUGUGAACUGGAGCAGUCUCAUUUCUCUUUCAAUUGGGCACCUGAAAUUGACGGACUGUGUAAUGAAAAAAAUAAUAUCAGGUUGCCCUAAAUUGGAGAGCUUGGAACUGGAUAAUGUUUUGGGCAUUCGUCGUUUGGUAAUCAGCUCUAUGAAGCUGAGAAAGUUGAUCAUAUUAAAUGAUGAUAACAAUGAAUAUUUGCAGUGGCAUGAUGAAAAUAUCCCUUCACUCGAAAUAUUUUCCCCAUAUGUUCAAAAUUUGGUACUUUCAGGGUUCUUAUACAAUGAGAUACGCUUGCAGCAGAGCAAUGUGGCUUCACUUGUCACUGCAGUUCUUAAUUUAAAUGUUGAUUUUGUUGAAUUUGAAGAUGAAGAAGAGAAAUUGGAGAAGGAGUGUAGAUAUUUGAAGGAACUUCUUCUCAGGGUUUCCCAUGUCGAGAAUGUUGAAUUGGGUCCCUGGUGCAUCAAGUGGCUUUCCAUACUGGAGCUGAAAGGGUGGCAAUCUCCACCAUCAAGCUGGAAAUACUUAAAACUUAUCGCAGCCUUGGAACACUUGCCUGGAAUUUACAGCAUUCUACAGAGUUCAUCGGAGCUUGAGACGUUGGUCAUUGACUGGGCCAAUUACAAAACAAUAGACCGGCUGCCAAGUUACACAAAUGAGGUUCAACAGAGCAGGAGUGUUGAGACACACAAUGUUGACUGCUCACUGCUACACCUAAAGACCAUCAAGAUCAUUAACUUUCAUGGACCGCUAAGUGGAAAUAAUCUUGUACUUCGAUUGGUCAAAUAUUUGCUCAAGAAUGCAACAGUGCUAGAAAAAUUGGUCAUUGUUGCGAAAUUCGAAGGGAGUAAUGUGCCUCGGGAUUAUGUUAAAGUGGAACAGGAGUUCCUAAGCUUUCCAAGAUCAUCUUUGCACGCUUCAGUUGUCUUUUCUUAUGGAUGAUCUUUGUACCCUCUUGUCUUUUCUUAUGGACGAUCUUUGCACGCUUCAGCUGUUUUUUCAUUUUGAAACUGUUUUGGUGCUGAUAGACAUGGUUAGGAUUUUACUUGUCAGUAUCCAGGGAGUUGUUAAUGGUUCUUCAUGUCUAAGCAACAAUGUGUUUAUUCUCUGAUCAUCAUGUAAGAAAUCUUGCUCUAAAUGUGAUGUAAACUUCUAUUCAUAUUGAAGAAUCAUGAUCAUGUUUUUACACUAUGAAAAUAUAAGGUUGAAAGUAUUA